AUUGAAUCGUGGUGAUUUCUGCUGGGUGGAGUUUUCUGUUUGCUGUAACGCUCCUACCUAACUGCCAGAAUGCCGGGGACACUGUGUGUGAUUGAUCCCUCAGAGCUUCUCAGGCCUGAAGCUCAUUUUGCUGCAAAGCCAGUAUCGAUGUUCCGAGACUACUCCAUAGAUCCAGAAGAUCCCAUAAAGGAACGUGUUCGACACACCUACACUCAAAUGCACACCAAUCAAACAGUUGACUUUGUCAAAGGUUGCCAUGAGCGGUGGCUGAAAUUCAGUCAUUUUCGCUCCACAAUAAUGGAUGCGCUAAUCAUGUUAAAUGAUUUGGUUGAUGAAAGUGAUCCUGAUGUAGACAUCCCAAAUAUACCUCAAUGGGCAGUGGUAGGAGAUACUUUUCCUGUGGGUUGUGCAUGGGGCAAUUCUAUUGUAUACAGAGACACAAGCUUCAUAGACAAUCCAGAUGGACACAAUACCAAAUACAAUACCAUGUUUGGCAUUUAUGAACCUCAUUGUGGUCUUGACAAUCUUAUGAUGUCAUGGGGUCAUGAUGAAUACUUGUACCAAGUGCUGAAGCACAAUAAAACCACAAUUCCAGAGGAAGGACUCAAUAUGAUUAGGUUUCAUUCUUUCUACCCCUGGCAUGCAGGGGGAGAUUAUAUGCAUCUCUGCAAUGAAAAAGAUAUGGAUACUUUGCAAUGGGUUUUGAAAUUCAACAAGUAUGAUUUAUACACAAAGAGUGAGGAAGUUCCAGACAUUGAGGCAUUGAAGCCAUACUACCAGUCCCUGAUAGACAAGUACAUUCCUGGUGUCCUCAGUUGGUAAAUAUUCCUUUCUUCUUUAGCCUUUGCCUUGUUGCCUUGGCUAACAUCCCUCCACAUUCAGGCUGAAUUCCCUAAAUCCCUUCAUUUUUUGGUCAAAUCCGUUUUGGCUCUGGGACAUCCUUUCUUUGUCUUUAUUUUUCAUCUGUCAACACCUCACAUACAACUUGUGGACACUUAGUCACAGUGAAGUGAGUAGUUUUAGGGUCCUUCCAAAAAACUUUUUGAUGCUAGAAGAAAAUUACUGAAAACUUAGAUUUGAUCAUGUGUUGAAACAUGAUUCAUGCUUCAAACUGCAAAACUUAUUACAAAUAAUAAUUUAACAACAUUCUAAUUCACGGCAGCGACUUAUAAAAUCUCAGUUUUUCACAAUAUUUUGUACAAAAUUCAAUAUUGGAAUAUUCAGUUUUAUAAAAUAUUUAAUUUUAACUUAAGUAGUGUAUAUUAAGUUUAUUUAUUAUGAAGAGUGUAGAUUUAUGAUAGAUUAAGUGUAAAUGUUUUAAGAAUAUAACAAUUAACAAUGUUAGUUGUUGAUGUACCUAAACCUGAAGUAUUGCAAUAGCAAUAAUUGCUAUGAAAGAUAACUAACUUAUGAUCAUGAAUACAACAGGAAUAAUAAGAAAAAUUAUUAAUCAAUAUCAAAAUCCAAAAGAAAGAAGAAAUUAUCUUUAUGUACUGUAGCUAAUAUCUGAACUAAAAUUCACAUUGUUUGGUGUCACCAUCAGCUCUAGUUAAUAUUUGAUUAUUAUUAAUUUUAUCAACAAAUUUCAUAGAUAUUAAAUUUUUUUCAAGCAGUACAUACAUGUGGAGUAAAAAACUUAAAAAAGUAAGUUAGUGUAGAAAAUGAAUAGAAAAACCCAAACUUGUACUGUAAUUUUAUAAAUUGAAAUGCCAUAUUGUGUGAUUUAUUAACUUUUCUUCCUUUCUUUUUUGCUUACUGUGCGAUUUUCCCUUUUAACUAUUUAUCAAAUUCCUUAUCCCAUUUUACACAAUUUCAUUCUAUUCUACAUGCAUGACAAUAUUCCUACAUGUUAUAACAUUUAUUUAAUAACAUGUAGAAAUGACCAUAUUCCUGCAGACCUCUCUUGUUAUUUCUAUUUAUGGAUAGUAAAACCUAAAAUUUAUAAUGAUAAAUAUAAAUAUUAAUUUACUUUUGAAUGUAUAUGUACCAUAUUAUUAUUGCUGUUUUCUUUUCGAAAGAUAUGUCAUAUUUAUUAAUGCAUGAGAAAAACUUUCCUCACUGAAAACUCAAAUACAUUUCUUUUUUAAUGGUUAGGAAAACAAAUCUCUGAACUCAGUAACAUGACUGGUAUGUUUGUUUCUUUAGGAAUAUAGGUAACAUGACAGAUUAUGGCUGAUUCAUGAUCUGAUGACAUAAUAGUUGAUGUGAUGUCCCUCUUCCUGCUCUUGUAUCUCAUGAACUUGAUGCCCAUGAAAAGUUGAUGUAUGAUUGCUGUGGAAUGCCUGUUGCUCUGAUUUUGUAUGCUAUUGCAACAGAAAGGUAGGUUGUCAUGAAAUUGUGUUUCAAUAUCCUGUUCCUCUCCCUCAUAAACAUCUAUAUUUUCAACUACAAUGUUUGCUAGAGAUAAAAUAUGAAUUAUGUUUAUUAUUUAUCAAGAUCUCUCAUAAAAGAAGUCAGAAGUUUCUAUCAAACUACCAUUUCAUAAAUUAAUUGAGCUAAUUAAGGAAGUAGGCUCAUGGCUUGCUCUUGGUCAGCGUUCUCGCUUUCCACUAUGCGGCUCUAGGUUCAAGCCCUGGCCAAGCCAAUGCUAUAGUGUGUGUUUUCCUUGCAAUGUCCCAGUAUAUGUUGCUGUGUGACAUUGAUAAAAUUCCC